AAAAAAAAAAAAUGAAAGCCGAGUGCGUUCGCACCACCGACACGCACACGGAGCUUCUUCCCCUGGUGACGCCGUAGCGCCGACACGCACACGGAGCUUCUUCCCCUGGUGACGCCGUAGCGCUUGCGUUCCCGUCUACUCUUCGUCUUCCCCGAUAUCAAGAUCUCAGAUGGCUGGCUUCUCCGCCUCUGCCUUGGCUGCCGCGGCUUUCCUUCUUCUCCUUUGCCUCGGCCAAUGCAGAACCGUGAAGAGAGACGUAAAAGCAUUAAAUGAAAUUAAGGCAUCUCUUGGUUGGAGAGUGGUUUAUGUGUGGAUUGGAGAAGACCCAUGUGGUGAUGGUAACUUACCCCCAUGGUCAGGGGUCACAUGCUCACAACAAGGAGAUUAUAGAGUUGUGACUGAAUUGGAAGUUUAUGCAAUUGUUGGUUCUUUUCCCAUUGCUGUCACAAAUCUCCUGGAUCUUACAAGACUGGACCUUCACAAUAACAAGUUGACUGGGCCUAUACCCCCACAAAUUGGGCAGCUGAGACACCUGAAGAUAUUGAAUCUAAGAUGGAAUAAGCUGCAAGAUGGCAUUCCUCCUGAAAUUGGUCAACUGAAGAAACUGACUCAUUUGUACUUGAACUUCAACAAUCUUAAAGGUGAAAUUCCUGUGGAGCUUGCUAAUCUUCCAGAGCUAAGGUAUCUGUAUCUUCAAGAGAACCGCCUUUCUGGAGAAGUUCCUCCUGAGUUGGGGAACCUAAAGAAUCUACAGCAUCUUGAUGUAGGUAACAAUCACUUAUCAGGGACCUUAAAUGACCUUAUACGCGAUGGAGAUGUCUUUCCUUCGCUUCGUAACUUGUAUUUGAAUGAUAAUCAAAUGACCGGCAGUUUGCCUGAUCAGCUUGCCAACAUGAACAACUUGGAAAUUCUGUAUUUGUCAAACAACAAAAUGACUGGGCCAGUGACCCGGAAGCUUGUUCAAAUUCCGAGAUUGACUUAUUUGUACCUGGAUCAUAAUGCAUUUACUGGGGGAAUCCCAGACGGAUUAUACAAGCACCCUUUCUUGAAAGAACUGUAUAUUGAGGGCAACCAAUUGAAGCCUGGGGCAAAGCCUAAAGGCGUUCAUAAGGUGUUUGAACUGACCGAUGCAGAGUUUUUGCUUUAGGUAUUUAGUACUAUCCAUGUAAUAUCCUUGUGUCUUUCCUUCAAAUCCCUAGGGAUUGACAGUUUUUAGAGCAUGUAAAAUUUCUUUCUUUAUUAACCUUUAUGACAAUAUCACCAAUGAUAUUCAAAUUAUUUUGAUUAAAUUGUGUUUUUAGAAUAUC